AUGGCACGUCUCUCUGGUCUCCAGAGGGAAGUCUUGUCUCUUUAUCGCAAAUGUCUCCGGGAGAUUCGGAAGAAGCCCGUCGAUUCAAGAAGCAAUUUUAAGUCUUACGCGCGGGCGGAAUUCAACAAGCAUCUAUCCGUGAGCAAAAAGGACUUUAACGCGAUCGAAUACCUCCUGCGCAAAGGAGCAAGGCAACUUGAGAUGUACUCGUCUCCUGGGAUUCGCAAUAUCCGAUAG